UGCGGGAAACGGUUCAGGAGCAAGUCGGUUCUGAAGAAGCACGUACACACUCACUCGCCUUUACAUAAUUCAACCGUAGGGGAUUAUGGUUUAGAAAGACAUCAAAUGCUACACGGUGACAAAAAACUGUAUAAAAAGGCUUACAUGAUUAUACACACAGGCGAAAAGCCUUUCAGGUGUACAAACUGUGGCUACGAGAGUAGUAGAAAAUCAAAUUUACGGAGUCACCUGAUUACUCACACAGACGAGAAGCCUUUCAGGUGUACACACUGUGACCACAAGUCUAGAACCAAAUCACACUUACAGAUACACCUGAUGACUCACACAGACGAGAAACCUUUCGGGUGUACUCACUGUGCCUACAAGUGUACAAGAAAAGGAGAGUUACAGAUUCACCUGAUGACUCACACAGACGAGAAGCCUUUCAGUUGUAGUCACUGUAGCUACAAUUGUAGAAGUAAAGCAGAUCUACAGAAUCACCUGAUUAUUCACACAGACGAGAAGCCUUUCAGGUGUACACACUGUGACCACAAGUCUAGAACCAAAUCACACUUACGGAUACACCUGAUGACUCACACAGACGAGAAGCCUUUCAGUUGUAGUCACUGCAGCUACAAGUGUAAAAGAAAAAGAGAGUUACAGCAACACCUUAUUACUCACACAGACGAGAAGCCUUUCAGUUGUAGUCACUGUGCCUACAAGUGUAGAAGAAAAGGAGAGUUACAGAGUCACCUGAUGACUCACACAGACGAAAAGCCUUUCAGUUGUAGUCACUGUAGCUACAAGUGUAGAAGAAAAGGAGAGUUACAGAUUCACCUGAUGACUCACACAGACGAUAAGCCUUUCAUUUGUAGUCACUGUAGCUACAAGUGUAGAAGAAAAGGAGAGUUACAGAUUCACCUGAUGACUCACACAGACGAUAAGCCUUUCAGUUGUAGUCACUGUAGCUACAAGUGUAGAAGAAAAGCAGAUCUACAGAAUCACCUCAUUACUCACACAGACGAGAAGCCUUUCAGUUGUAGUCACUGCAGCUACAAGUGUAAAAGAAAAAGAGAGUUACAGCAACACCUGAUUACUCACACAGACGAGAAGCCUUUCAGGUGUACACACUGUGACCACAAGUCUAGAACCAAAUCACACUUACAGAUACACCUGAUGACUCACACAGACGAGAAACCUUUCGGGUGUACUCACUGUGCCUACAAGUGUAGAAGAAAAGGAGAGUUACAGAUUCACCUGAUGACUCACACAGACGAGAAGCCUUUCAGUUGUAGUCACUGUAGCUACAAGUGUAGAAGUAAAGCAGAUCUACAGAGUCACCUGAUUAUUCACACAGACGAGAAGCCUUUCAGGUGUACACACUGUGACCACAAGUCUAGAACCAAAUCACACUUACGGAUACACCUGAUGACUCACACAGACGAGAAGCCUUUCAGUUGUAGUCACUGUAGCUACAAGUGUAGAAAUAAAGCAGAUCUACGGAAACACCUGAUUACUCACACAGACGAGAAGCCUUUCAGUUGUAGUCACUGCAGCUACAAGUGUAGAAGAAAAGGAGAGUUACAGCAACACCUGAUUACUCACACAGACGAGAAGCCUUUCAGUUGUAGUCACUGCAUCUACAAGUGUAGAAGUAAAGCACAUCUACAGAGACACCUGAUUACUCACACAGACGAGAAGCCUUUCAGUUGUAGUCACUGCAGCUACAAGUGUAAAAGAAAAUCAGAUCUACGGACUCACCUGAAGAGAAGCCUUUCACAUGUAAUGUAGCCACUGUAGAUACAAGUGUAGAAGGAAAUUUGGCGGACUCGCCUGUUGACUCACUCUGGUGAAAAACCUUCAAGUGUAAGCACUGUGACCACAGGAGCCGUCGUAAAUUCUAUUCGUCGUGUUCCUAUUUCCUAUUCAUCAUCAUCUCAGCCCUCGGAGUAAAUAUCUAUGGAGUAGAGACACGCAUUAAUUUCUAUCUGAAAAAUUCUGUCGUUUUUCGCGCGGGGGACGAGGUAACGCACACAAAUAAUGUUAACACUAAUGCAUUUUUAGCAUGCGUCGCUACACACGCACACGACAAAAUUAUCAAACACUAGCAAAAACUAUAUUCACACAAGUACAAGAACAAACACAGACAACCCGGUCCGUGAACGAGAUGACGUCAGUUCUAAGUAAACCUAGAUAGUGCGAGGGACACGCCGAUAAUAUUGUCGAUAAAAUUGACAAUGAAUUUUAAUUUCUGCUUUUAUCAAUUAUAAUAAUAAUACAAUAUGCUGAUAGACCGAUCGCAGCGCCGGACUGUGCUCGUCGACGUCACCAUCCCCCAUGAUGAGAAUCUUGUGAAGGCCGAGAAGGACAAGUCCAGCAAGUACCUUAGCUCAUGAGAUUACAGCCAUGUGGGAUGUUGACUCGACGAUCAUUGUUCCGAUAGUCGUGUCAGCGAACGGUCUCAUAGCGAAGAGUCUCGACCAACACCUAGAGAGACUCUCGCUGGGUGGUUGGAUCAAGGGUCAGAUGCAGAAGGCGGUAAUUUUGGACACUGCGCGUAUAGUACGUCGGUUCCUCACUCUGCGGCCCUGACCACCGGCAGCUUGGGCCCUGCCCCGCUGCCGGCGGCACCCUAGGUUAGGUUUUUUAUAAUGUGUUUAUAUGUAUUUUUUAUUGUUUCGUAAGUGUUUUUAUAUUCAUAUUA